CAACGCUUUACGAAGCCGAAACUAGCCGAGUCUCUUUCGAACGACCGAUCGACAUGUGCAAUAUUUAUCGCUGGGUUCUCGUAAUGUACGAUAAACCUGAUAUGUAAAUUUACUUAUAUCGUAACCGACUAUUUUUUGUGCAAAACGUGUACAAACGUUCCAGUGAUUAGUACCGGUGCAUUGUAUUUUUUUUUCUAUCGAGUUUGACAAGACGAUGGAAUUAUUAAACGACGAGGAAGUAAACAAUAUAAUCAAACAAUAUGGGAACUUGAAAGUGCUUGAUUAUACCAUAUCGAAGUAUUCAGAUUUGUUCAUCGGUUCUUUGGGAGAUCAUUUUAAACUUAUAGUCACAGUAGAUGAUAAUGGUGUCCAGGACAAAUACAAUUUUUUUGUGAAGACAAUGCCGAAUAAUCAGUGGGUAGCAGAGUAUUUGAGGAAAUCAAACUAUUUUCGUCGAGAAUACACAAUGCUACGAGAUCUUUUUGCAGAAUUUGAUCGUAAUGGAGGAAGCAAGUGGCGUCCAAGAUGUAUUUUUGUAAAAGAAGAUGUAUUUGUGUUCGAAGACGCCAAAGAACUGGGAUAUCAAAUGGCUGGAGAAGGCCAAGGAGGCAUUCUGAGUCACAAACAAAUGCUGGCGGCAGUUACAACUCUAGCUCGAUUUCACGCUCGGUCGUUCAUUUAUGAGGAAAAGAAGUCUCUAGAACUGAAAAGAUCAUACAGAAUUUGGGAAGAUUUCAGCGAACUCUUACAUCAACCACCGGAUCACAGUUGGCGGAACACUGGAAGAAAUGCUGUCAUAGAAUUUCUCAAAGUUCAUUCCAAACGCAAAAAUGAACCAGACUUUUCAAAGAAUGUUACGGAAUUAUUAACCUCUUUAUUUGACGAUGCAUUGGAGUUUAUCAAACCUAGUACAAAAUAUCGAAAUACUGUGAUCCAUCGCGAUCUCUGGUGUAAUAAUAUUCUAAUUAAAUCCGAUAAUGAACAGUGUCAUGCACUGAUAGUGGACUUCCAGACAGUAUUGUAUGGUGUGCCAACAUUGGACUUAUCUUCACUGAUAUAUUUUAACACUACGAAAGAAUUCAGAGACAAAUUUCAUGAUGAAAUGCUUGAUAUUUAUUACGAGGAGCUGUCUCAUGAAGUAGGACGUGAACUAAACAUUGACUUCUCAACGAUUGUGAGUAAAGCUACUUUUCUCGGAUCGUAUGAAGAGUGUGUUAUUUUCGGGAUGAUCCAAGCUGCCAUAUUGGUGCCUAUAACAGCUAUGAAAGUGGAAAGGAAAAACGAAUUAUAUCGUACACCAGAAUCUGGACAUAGAAUAAAUAAUGUGUCACGAAGCAAGGAAAUAAUAGAGGCGGCUAACGAAGACGCAGCAUAUUGCUCCAGAAUAACAGAGUUAUUUGAAGAGAUUGUUGAUAAAUACUAUAUACCAUGUUAAGAGAGAAGUUAAAUCGGUUUGACAUCUCUCUUAACAUGGUAGUAUAGUAUUUUCCCCAUUAGGUAAAAAUAGGUGCCUAAAUGGUGAUGAGCAUGUGCGGCAAUGACGCAACUGCGUCUAUUCAACUAUUAGUACUAUUACAAUAUGGCAGAGAAUGACGUUCCGAAGUGCAUCGUGAUCGUACGUUCGCUUUCCUCAAAGGUUAUUGGUUAUUCACAGCAUAUACAGACGAGGAAACCAUAAUAAAGUAUAAACCAGACUAAUCUAGUCUGGGAUUGCGA